AAUAUCUGGUUAUUAUGAGAUAUUACGUCAUAAUUAUGAGAACUUAAGAUAUGAGAAACCUUCUGGUUAUUAUGGUAGCUCUGACAAACGCAAAAUAUGUAAAAGAGUUAGCGUAGUUUGUGAACCGGACUUUAAUUUUGAAGUGCGUCCAGGACCGCUAUGUGUCUGACUUCAACAGCGAGAGUGUCUCGGAGAUGGAGGAAAAGUUGUGGAGUGUAGGGGCUGACCCGAUAAUCGCCGGUAUUUGCGGUGAAUAACGCUGUAAAUAGGGAUAUUUAAGCUGAUUUUACUUUAGUAUCCGCAGUAAAACAGCUCUAUUAACGGUGGAGUUCCAGUCAUGGCAGCCCUGUCAGAGGAGGUACUGCUGGUAGUGAAGAGAGUCCGGCAGAGAAAACAGGAUGGUACGCUUUACUUGAUGACCGAGCGCAUAGCCUGGGGUCCAGAAGGGAAAGAUCGCUUCACGGUCAGCCACCCAUACGCCGACAUCCGUUGUCAGAAGAUCAGUCCAGAUGGCAAAGCAAAGAUCCAGCUUCAGUUGGUGUUACACACAGGAGAGAGCACCACCUUUCACUUUGCUCAUGAAAGUACAGCCCUAAAGGACCGAGAUGCUGCCAAAGACCUGCUGCAGCAGCUCCUGCCAAAAUUUAAAAAGAAAGCUAACAAAGAACUAGAAGAAAAAAACAGGAUGCUGCAGGAAGAUCCAGUACUGUUUCAGCUCUAUAAAGACCUGGUAGUGAGUCAGGUCAUCAGUGCAGAAGAAUUUUGGGCCAAUCGGCUGAAAUUGAACUCUGUAGAUCACUCCAUAUCCAAUAACAACAAGCAGGAAGUGGGAAUAUCCGCAGCUUUCCUGGCAGACAUUAGACCACAGACUGACGGCUGUAAUGGCCUGAGAUACAACCUGACCUCUGACAUCAUCGAAUCAAUCUUCAGAACAUACCCUGCAGUCAAACAGAAAUAUGCUGAACAUGUGCCUCACAGCAUGACGGAAAAAGAGUUCUGGACAUGCUUCUUCCAGUCACACUACUUCCACAGAGAUCGCAUUAACACUGGCCAGCAGGAUAUCUUUUCUGAAUGUGCCAAACAGGAUGAGAAGGGCUUGAAGUCCAUGGUUGUUCAAGGUGUUAAGAAUCCCAUGGUGGAUCUGCAGUCCCUUGAGGAUAAAAUAUUAGAUGAGGGCUAUGGUUCCUUAACGGUUCCCUCCACAUCCAACUCCAGUAAAACGGUUAAAGAGAAUAGCAACUCAGCCAUCAUUAAGCGCUUCAACCAUCACAGUGCCAUGGUGCUGGCAGCCGGCCUCCGAAAAGUGGAAGCAGCCACUGACCAGGCCAGUGAGACCAGUGGCACAGAUGGGAAUUCCAGAGACUCGGACUGCUUUCAGCCACCAUUUAAAAAGGUGAAAUUGCAAGAGGCUAUUGAGUAUGAGGACCUGGAGAAUGAAUCUGGGCCGAAAACGAUCGCUUUGAAUCUUAAGAAAUCUGACCGGUAUUCCCAUGGUCCAGUUCCUCUGCAGUCCCAAUACUACUCCACAAGUCAGGACAUCAUCAACUCAAUCAGCUGCAUUAGGGAGGAGAUGAGGUGCUACAAGCCCUGCCUUACUGAGGUGAUAUCCAGCAGUGUAGCUAGUUCAGCUGUUACAGCCCUUUCACCUGGAGGAGUUUUAAUGCAAGCUGGACCCCAACAGACCAUCAGUCAGUUGGUACCCAGUGAUGUUCAGAAUGAACUGAAGCACUUGUACACAGCAGCAGGAGAGCUGCUACGACACUUUUGGUCUUGUUUUCCAGUCAACACACCCUUCCUGGAGGAGAAGGUGGUGAAGAUGCAGUCCAAUCUGGAGAGAUUCCAGUCAACCAAGCUCCACCCAUUCCAAGACAAGAUCCAACGGGAAUACUUUAGUACCAACCUGACCAGCCAUCUAGAAGAGAUGAUCCAGGCUGCCUAUAACAAGUACCAUGCUUGGCAGACACGCCGUAUGAUGAGGAAGACCUGAGGGAAGAGAGACUGAUCCAUUUGAUUUACAAAAGGAGGACAAUAUAGGAAAAAAUGGAAAGAGGGAGAGAGAACAGACUCUCCUAUUAGACCAGCUAGGUUGCUCCACCUAGAUACGCAAGUGUUAGUGGGGUAAAGCCCACUGUGCCAAGAUGUACAGGACUCGGGUUUUCUCCAGAUCAGUCCAUGUGGAGAUGGACUACACCAUUGAUAACUGGUUUUUUUUUUUUCUCCCCCUUUUGAUCUGAUUUUCUUUGUCCUGUUCUUUAUUCUCUCCCCUCCCCCCUUACCUUCAGUAAGUAAGAUAUCUGGCUUCUUGGCUGGAAUCAAUCAUGCAUUUGACAGUGUUGAAUUUAUGACCAAACUGUGGGCUUUAAUACCAGAGGAAGUAUUCUCAGGAACUAAAAAUGUUCAAUGCAAAUUACUUGAUGAGAUGAAGGGGGGAGGGGGGUAUAAGGAGGAUGCUUUAUGACGUAAACCAUGUCAGUGCAAUGCAGUACAAGUCUGUAUACACUUGGUGUUCACUGGAAACCCAGAAGCCCAAGGCAAAGUGGGGAUAUGAAUAAAGCAAUACUGUAUAAACUCUUUCAGUUGUGUAUUACUGGUGUGCAACUUAAAAGUUGCAUCACAUUCUAUGUCUAUUUUAACUGCACUGAAAAGUUUCUGGAUGUUGGGAAAAUAAAAGUCAGUUGGAUUCCCAA